CAGCGUCGCGCUGAGACAGAAGUCUUCCUGCUGCCUCUAAUCCGGAAUGAGGCGCUUCCUUGGUUUUACCAAACGCCUCCUUGCUCUGUGCGUCGCCUCGUCCUUCGAGAUUCAAGAAGGAUGCAGAGUACGAGAACGCAUAGAGGAAAACAAAUUCUUGUUUGACUCUUUGGACUUCUUGGCCGUCUUCCCUCGCAGUCAGAUAGAACUGAAGGUGCUGGUGCAGUGCCACAAGAGAAGUGAUCUCAUCCACAUCAGUUCAGACAACAUAACUUGGACCAAGAAGCAGAUGGGAAAUCAAACAACAGAGGUUGCUAGCACUCCUCUCGCGCAUGGUAUCACGGGCUGGGAAAGGUUCACCCUCUCCUUGAAGGACAAAUUAACCCUCAAGGACAGGCAGAACCACUCGUGGGCGCCAUUCGACAUUCCCCUUUCAUGCCAUCCACAGGAUGUCUCCAUCAUAGGCAAGCACCUCACUCGCCAGUGCUCGCCCCAAACGCCCACGUGGGUGGUCAAGGGCAAGAAGGUCGACAUUCCUCUCUACGAAGGAAGCGAGGGAAUAAGAGAGGCCCUGACGCUCUUCUCCGUGCUGCCCUACGGUCCUACCUUCAACAUCUGCGACACGAGCUUCUCUUUAGGACUCCGUAACCAAAAGCUGGUGACAGGAUCCGCACCCUUGGAAGGCUCGGCAUACAGCCUUUCCAUCAGUGUUCUCCCUGAUAACACGUUGAAGCUUGGGAAUUCGACGUCCAUCCAACCAGCAUGCAACACUGCACAGCCCGAAGCAACACCACGUCUAGUACCCGCCCCGGCGCAUGAGCUACCGCCCGCCCCUGGCCCUCCGCCUGCCCCCGGCCCGCCUGUCCCCUCGACGCCACCAAACCUGUGCCAUCUUGGCUAUCGGGCGCCAUCUAAUAAUCUCUCCCGAAAAUCACCAGCUGCUGCCACUCAUCUGACCUCACAAACGCCCUCUGAGAUCUGCUUACCAGGACCUUCUUGGCUUCCCCCGCCAUUCCCCGCUGACCUUGGAGCGCGUGACCACGAGGACGAUGAACAGGCCGUGUACUUCGAGAUGGAUCUCAGUGCCGGCACUCUCCCGCCGUCGAAAUCAUAUGCGCUCCCUGAAUUCCAUUGCGAGUGUGAAGAAACCAUCAACGACAUGUACCAAAGUGCUGGUUAGCCCGUGGAGCUUCGUCAGUGACAGCAGUGGGCCAUGCACUUGCUCUGGUAUUUCCUGCCUCCCUAAGAUAUUU